AGAGCGCUGCUCGGAACUGCCUGGAAACUUCUGUUGGAGCGACAACUACCAGUUUCAGUUCAGGAACUUUUCUUUGCAAGAGAGACGGGGUGCAAGUGGCCCCGGUUUCGUUCUCUGUUUUCCCUCCCUCCUCCUCCGCUCCGACUCGCCUUCCCCGGGUUUGGAGCGGGCAGCUGAGCACCGGCCACCCAGCGCCUCUGCUAAGUGCCCGCCGCCGCAGCCCGGUGACGCGCCAACCUCCCCGGGAGCCGUUCGCUCGGCGUCCGCGUCCGGGCAGCUGAGGGAAGAGGAGCCCCAGCCGCCGCGGCUUCUCGCCUUUCCCGGCCACCCGCCCCCUGCCCCGGGCUCGCGUAUGAAUCUCCUGGACCCCUUCAUGAAGAUGACCGACGAGCAGGAGAAGGGCCUGUCUGGCGCCCCCAGCCCCACCAUGUCGGAGGACUCGGCUGGUUCGCCCUGUCCCUCGGGCUCCGGCUCGGACACGGAGAACACCCGGCCCCAGGAGAACACCUUCCCCAAGGGCGAGCCGGAUCUGAAGAAGGAGAGCGAGGAAGAUAAGUUCCCCGUGUGCAUCCGCGAGGCGGUCAGCCAGGUGCUGAAGGGCUACGACUGGACGCUGGUGCCCAUGCCCGUGCGCGUCAACGGCUCCAGCAAGAACAAGCCACACGUCAAGCGGCCCAUGAACGCCUUCAUGGUGUGGGCGCAGGCUGCGCGCAGGAAGCUGGCAGACCAGUACCCGCAUCUGCACAACGCGGAGCUCAGCAAGACUCUGGGCAAGCUCUGGAGGCUGCUGAACGAGAGCGAGAAGAGACCCUUCGUGGAGGAGGCGGAGCGGCUACGCGUGCAGCACAAGAAAGACCACCCCGAUUACAAGUACCAGCCCCGGCGGAGGAAGUCGGUGAAGAACGGACAAGCCGAAGCCGAAGAGGCCACGGAACAGACUCACAUCUCUCCUAACGCCAUCUUCAAGGCGCUGCAAGCCGACUCCCCACAUUCCUCCUCAGGCAUGAGUGAGGUGCACUCCCCGGGCGAGCACUCUGGGCAAUCUCAGGGUCCGCCGACCCCACCCACCACUCCCAAAACCGACGUGCAAGCUGGCAAAGUUGAUCUGAAGCGAGAGGGGCGUCCUCUGGCAGAGGGGGGCAGACAGCCCCCCAUCGACUUCCGCGACGUGGACAUCGGUGAACUGAGCAGCGACGUCAUCUCCAACAUCGAGACCUUCGACGUCAAUGAGUUUGACCAAUACUUGCCACCCAACGGCCACCCAGGGGUUCCGGCCACCCACGGCCAGGUCACCUACACUGGCAGCUAUGGCAUCAGCAGCACCGCACCCACCCCUGCGACCGCGGGCCACGUGUGGAUGUCGAAGCAGCAGGCGCCGCCCCCUCCUCCGCAGCAGCCUCCGCAGGCCCCGCAAGCCCCGCAGGCGCCUCCGCAACAGCAAGCACCCCCGCAGCAGCCGCAGGCACCCCAGCAGCAGCAGGCACACACGCUCACCACGCUGAGCAGCGAGCCAGGCCAGUCCCAGCGAACGCACAUCAAGACAGAGCAGCUGAGCCCCAGCCACUACAGCGAGCAGCAGCAGCACUCCCCGCAACAGAUCUCCUACAGCCCCUUCAACCUUCCUCACUACAGCCCCUCCUACCCGCCCAUCACCCGCUCGCAAUACGACUACGCCGACCACCAGAACUCCGGCUCCUACUACAGUCACGCAGCCGGCCAGGGCUCAGGGCUCUACUCCACCUUCACUUACAUGAACCCCGCGCAGCGCCCCAUGUACACCCCCAUCGCUGACACCUCCGGGGUCCCUUCCAUCCCGCAGACCCACAGCCCGCAGCACUGGGAACAACCCGUCUACACACAGCUCACCAGACCCUGAGGAAAGAAGAGCGAUGGUGACAGAGCUGAUCUUUUUUUUUUUUUUAAAGAAGAAAAAAAGAAAGAAACGAAAAAGAAAAAGCUGAAGAAAUAAAGAACCAAUUGAAAUUCCUUUGGACACUUUUUUUUUGUCUGUCGUUAAUUUUUAAAGACAUGUAAAGGAAGGUGACGAUUGCUGAGAUUCCAGGAGAGAGACUUUAAGACUUUGUCUGAGCUCAUGACAACAUACUGCAAAUGGCCGGGCCACUUAUGGCCAGACGGACAGCACUCCUGGCCAGAUGGACCCACCAGCAUCAGCAAGGAGGGGCUUGUCUCCUUCAGAGUUAACGUGGAGGACGACUGGAGAAUCUCCCUGCCUGUUUGGACUUUGUAAUUAUUUUUUAGCCGUAAUUAAAGAAAAAAAGUCCUCUGUGAGGAAUAUUCUCUAUUUUAAAUACUUUUAGUAUGUACUGUGUAUGACUCAUUACCAUUUUGAGGGGAUUUAUACAUAUUUUAGAUAAAAAAGUUAAAUGCUCUUAUUUUUCCAACAGCUUAACUACUCCUAGUUCAAGAGUGUCCCCUAGCCUUCCUUGCAACCAGAGUAUUUUUGUACAGAUUUGCUUUCUCCUAAACAAACAAACAAAAACAAAAAAAUACAAAAAAAA